AUGGAAUCACAAUCUCAGCAGGAAGACCAAUUCUCAUCUAAAUGGAGGGUUGCCAAAGCAUGCGCUCGCUGCCACCGGCUUAAAAGUAAGUGUGUUUACGAGGAUCCGACGUUCAAAACCUGCAAGAGGUGCUUCAAUCUAGGACUCAAAUGCUCCGUUGACGAGGACCCAACAGCAGUAAAUGCAAGGAAAAGGAAACACACAAGAACCCAUCAACAAGUCGCUUCGAGAAUAACGAAAUUACUCGACGGCAUCGAAAAGGAGCUCGAUUUUUUUGAAGAAAAGCAGCCACAAGAGAACAGUGACCAUCACUCACAGCUUUCACUUCUAGCAGCUAAGUUGAACCUGGCAGGGGCAAGACUCGCAGACAGCUUCAGUAUCAAUGGCAAAGAGUCCUUGCAUCAUGAGUUUCCGACUAUCCACCCGGAGACAAACAUGACGCAUGAGCUAAUCUACACUCAUAAGCUUAUAUCAGACCAAGAGGCAAGGAGACGAUUCAAAUACUUCAUCGAGGAAAUGCUACCCUUCUUCCCCAUCGUGGCACUACUGCUGGAGCUCAAGGAUUUCGACACUUUAAUGAAGACGAACUCUACGCUACUUCUAACCUGUCUCUAUAUCACCACAGUGAACGAUAAUGCCUUAUCCGACGAGACGCCUACAAAAAACUCCAACAGGAAACUUCACGAAAUACUAAAUCAUUACGUGACAUCAGAAAUUUCGAAACAUAUCUUUGAAAAAGCCACGGCUUUCACCUAUCAUUUGGCUAUUUCGUGCUUGCUCCUAUCCUUAUGGGGCAUACCCUCGGAUCGGAAAGGCCAGUUCAAGAGCCAGGUUGAUCUCGUGAAUGCACAUGGUGUAUCACUAUGCGCUGAUGUGGGUAAUCACUUGCAGACGACAAUUCUCUAG